AUGGUGAAAGGGAGGCCGGAGGGAAGGAAAGGACCUUGUAUCAGCGAUUCAGCGGUAUUGCUGGUAUGGGGUGCCGCGCUCUGGAAGGGGCUUCAGAGCCAGCCCGAGCCGCCCGUGAAAAGUGUGACGAGGGAGACCGAAAGAUACCAGUUCCCGCUAAACUUCUCUGAGCCAUCGGGCACAAUCCUGCCUGUAAUUUGGCACCGAUGGUACCUCUGGUAA